AUGAACUCUUCCAAAACUUCAAGAACUAUCAAAGCCUUGCAUUUAAUUCAUUUAGAAUAAAAAAAUUCAGAACUUCCUCAUUAUCACAUUCCUACCUUUAGAGGACCUCCUAUUCCUACUAUCUUAAAACCAUCCAAAGUAUACCCGACUAAAUAAUAAUGUCCAGCAUCUCUUUAAAACUAAGAAAACGGACAGACAAAGUUAUCAAUCGAAAAGAAGAUAGUAUAAUUAAGGAAGGAAAUUUUAAAUGCCAAAUAUACAAAACAGAAAGAAUUGUUGCAAAUAAAUCAACUAUAACCCAAGGAAAGUGUAGUACUCUAAGCAGUUGAAAAACCAAUUGAUUAAUAGUCAAAACCUAUUAAAUAUUGCGAUAAAAAGCCUAAUUCUAACCUUAAAUUCUUUGAAAACUUAAUCAAAGUUCAAGAAAGGUAACCCUAAUAAUCGAAUAUACCAGCGUAAAAUCAUAAAACUCCAAAAUUUAAAUUAUCAGAAAAAUAAGCUUUAACAAUAGAGGAUCGAAUAGAUGAUAAUUAAAUGUUACCAUUGUGUUUAUCAUCAAUCAAACUUAGAAGUGAACCGAAUUCUCCAUAAAUGUUAAAAAAAUUAUAAUCUUAUUAAUUUAGUUAAAGAAAAGUUAGUUAGGAGAGUAUAUAAAAACCAAAAAAAGUAGAUUUGAAUCCAUGGUCAUAAAAUUUAGAAGGUUGGCAUGCACCCUAAGCUGAUGAAGAUUUACCACUAUACUAUAAGUAAUGUUUUUGA